AUGGCACCACAAAUGGCGAAGCUACUGACCGCUUCUGACCAACUCUCGGACACCGUGGAGAGAACCGAAGCAGUCCGCAAAGCCAUGGUAAAUGAUAGGGACGAAAUGGAUGACGGCCUGCAAAUUUCAGCAUCACGCAUUGAAACGGUGGCCGAUGAGCUUCACACCUCAGUUGAAGACUGUCAGAAUGCCCUGAAGCUCCUCUCUCCAUCGCUCGACACCACUCAGGAACGCCUCAACACCCUAUCAACCCAGUUAUUAACCCAGCAUGUGCCUACUCAUUACGACGGGAAUACCGAAGAGACCGACACUAACCAACCUCAACGUCAAACAUACAGCUCCAUCGUCACUGCUAACCUGACCCCCUCAAUCGACAAAGCUAUUGGACGCGCAGCUAUCCGAGCACGCGAAAUCCUACUGGAUCCCCCACGCUGGGCAACAGCCUCUUCCCACCGGACACCCUGCACGCUGACAUGGUAA